CCCUACAUUUCAGCUAUUGCGGUUUAGGACGGAUAACUUUUUGUCCUUGAUGUUAAGCCCUCACAUCCUAUAAGUGCUUCGCUGCGUCUUGGUGACUUUUCGCAUACAAAACGCAGAUCGGAUCCAAAACGAUAAUGUCGUUGAGGAGAAUCUUGCUAUCUCCGUUCGUAGGUGUCAGCUUGAUCGUCGUUCUCUUGGCUCUCUACUUCAGAUCUUCCUUCAAGUCUCCUCCACAACACAACCAAAGGUUGUUUUCUGCUGAAGAAUUGGCAUUGUACAAUGGCACUGAUGAAACGUUACCUAUUCUCUUAGGGAUUCUUGGAUCUGUAUAUGAUGUGACCAAAGGGAAAUCUCAUUACGGUAGUGGAGGAGGUUACAAUCAUUUUGCUGGAAGAGAUGCUUCUCGUGCAUUUGUUUCUGGCAACUUUACAGGAGAUGGACUUACAGAUUCGUUACAUGGGUUAUCUAGCAGUGAGGUGAAGAGCAUAGUCGACUGGCGAGGUUUCUACUCCAGGACCUACACUCCUGUUGGGAAGCUUGUUGGACGGUACUACGAUAGCCAAGGUAAUCCUACUAAGCACUUAAAAGGAGCUGAAGCAAAAGCCUCAAGAGGUGCACAACUCAUGGAGAAGCAAAAGAUUGAAGAAGACAAGCAAAAGAAUUGCAACUCACGAUGGAGUCAAGAUGAAGGUGGAGAGGUUUGGUGUGAUGUUGGGGUGCCAAGAUUGGUACAAAGACCAUUGGAGAUAGCAAUAACUGGUUCGAUGAGCAAACGUUGCGCUUGCUUUGAGGAAGACCAACUUGAUCAGUCUGGUUUGGAGAUCUAUAAAGACUGUGAACCACUUGCCAAGACUUGCAAAGUCUGAAUGUAAUCACAAGGCUUGGCUUAACCAGCUUGCAAUUGCUAUUAUAUGCGCCUUGAGUAUUCUUGUAUUAUAAAUAGCUGAGAAGCCUUUUUGUAUGGAUGCAUCACGUCGUGUAGUUUAUGUGUAAUUAGUUUAGAACUCUACAUGUAUUAUUUGGUUUGACGCCGUGCUCUUCUGCUAUUGCGUCGCCAGAUCAUGUGUUGUGUGAACGGCACACUGGCUCUUCUUUAUUGACAAACGGCAAACUGAUAUUCCCUC